GGAUGGGAGGAUCUGCUCAGGCCUCAAGGGCAAACCUCUCACAGAGAACUUUCUUCCAGGAAUAUUUCUGGGCCCCAGGAACUCAUUGAUGGCAGGCACCCUCUCUAAGCCCAUACUCAGGGCAGAGCCAAUGACUGUGGUCCCCACUAGGACCAAGGUGAUCAUCUUAUGUGAGGGAACCUUAGAUGGCCAGGAGUACCGUCUCUAUAAAGAAGGGCUCUCAAAUCGCUGGAUUAUGCAGAAGACACCAGAGACUAGAAACAAGGCCAAGUUCCUCAUCCCAUCUGUUGAAUGGCAACAUGCAGGGAAAUACUACUGUUACUAUCGGGCUUCUGCUAGAUGGUCACCACGCAGUGAUACCCUGGAGCUGGUGGUGACAGGAUUCUAUGAUGACAAACCCAGUCUAUCAGCCCUGCCCAGCCCCGUGGUGGCCUCCGGAGGAAACGUAACCCUGCAGUGUGUCUCACAGCAGAGAUAUGGCAUCGUUCUGACUAGGGAAGGUCACAAUUUCUCCCGCUUCCUCAAAGCACAGGAUAAAUACACUGGACAGAUUCUGGCACAAUUCCACGUGGGUCCUGUGAUCCCCAGUGAGAGGUGGAGGUUCAAGUGCUACAGCUAUUAUACAAAGUACCCUCAGAUAUGGUCAGAACACAGCAAUACCCUGGAGCUCCUGGUCUCAGGGACCCUCCAGAAACCCACCAUCUGGGCUGAGCCAGACUCUGUGAUCACCUCAGGGAGUCCUGUGACCAUCUGGUGUCAGGGGACCCUGGAGACCCAAAUAUACAUUCUGCAUAAAGAGGGAAGCUCAGCACCCUGGAACAGACAAAACCCACUGGAGCCCAGGAACAAGGCUAAGUUCUCCAUCUCGUCCAUGACACAGUACCAUGUGGGGAAGUAUCACUGCUAUUCUUACAGUCCAGAUGGCUGGUCAGAGCGCAGUGACACCCUGGAGCUGGUGGUGACAGGAGUCUACCAUAGCAAACCCAGUCUGUCAGCCCUGUCCAGCCCUGUGGUGGCCUCUGGAGGAAAUGUGACCCUCCAGUGUGUCUCACAGCAGGAAUAUGAAGGGUUCAUUCUGACUAGGGAAGAUCAGAAGUUCGCCAGCCCCCUCAAAACACAGUAUACAAACUCUGGACAGUCCCAGGCCCUGUUCCUUGUGGUCCUUGAGAUACCCAGCAAGGGGAGGACCUUCAGAUGUUAUGGGCACUACAAAAAUAGCCCACAGGUGUGGUCAGAGCCCAGUGACCCCCUGGAAAUACAUGUCUCAGGUCUGUCCAGUAAGCCUUCCCUGAUGACCCAGCAAGGCCUUGUCCUAUCCCCUGGAGAGAACCUGACCCUCCAGUGUUGCUCUAACAUCAGUUAUGACAGAUUUGCUCUGUCCAAGGAUGGAGAAACUGAUCUCCCCCAGGUCUCUGGCCAUCAGCCCCAGGCUGGGUUGUAUCAGGCCAAUUUCACCCUGGGCCCAGUGAGUGGCUCCAGUGGGGGUCGGUACAGAUGCUAUGGUACACAAAACCUAUCUGCUGAGUUGUCAGCCCCAAGUGACUCUCUGGACAUCCUGAUCACAGGACAGCUCCCUGUCACACCCUCCCUCUCAGUGCACCCAGGCCCCACAGUGUCCUCAGGACAGAACGUGACCCUGCUGUGUCAGUCACGGAGCCAGAUGGACUCUUUCCUUCUGUUGAAGAAGGGGGCUGUCCAUCCCCAGCUGCACCAAAGAUCAAACUUCCAAGAUCAACAGUAUAAGGCCGAAUUCUCCAUGGGUGCUGUGACCUUGGCCCUCGGGGGCACCUACAGGUGCUAUGGUGCUCGAAGUUCAUCCCCCUACCUGUUGUCACAGCCCAGUGCCCCUGUGGAGCUUGUGGUGUCAGGUCUGAAAAGUUACCAGAAGGUUCCAAUUGCUGUCUCAGUGGUCUUCCUCCUGCUGCUCCUCCUCCUCCUCCUGCUCCUCCUCCUCCUCAGACAAAGGCAUCAGAACAGACACAGGAAAACAGGUCAAAGAGAGUUGGACUUGCAACCUCCUGCAGGAGCUGCAAAGCCAGUGCCCAGGGACAGAGGUCUUCAGAAAAGCUCCAACCCAGCUACAGCCAUCCAAGAAGAAGUCCUGUAUGCUUCUGUGAAGAACACACAGCCUAUGGACAGCAUGGAGCUGGACACUCAGAGCCCGCCUGAGGAAGACCCCACGAAAGAGAUGUACGCCCAGGUGAAACCUUCCAGAUUUGAGAGGUCAGGAGCCACCUCUCCUUCCGCGAUGUCAAGGGAAUUACAGGAUUUGAAGGACAGAAAGGCAGAGAAAAACAGAGUGAAGGGCACUCAGGCUGCUGCAUCUGAGGAGCCCCAGGAUGUGACCUAUGCCCAGCUGUUCUUCAUGACACCAAGAGAGGGGCAGAAGAGACUCCUGCCUCCCAGGCAGGGAAGCCCCAGCUGAGACCAGGGAGCGCCCUGCCCUAGUGUUCACAGCCCAGAAAGACUCUGGCCCCACACCCCACAGAGGGAGACUCAGGGGUGUCUGAGGGACACAAUCUAACCCCAGGUGGACCCCAUCUUGACAACCACACAGUAGAAUAUUAUUCAUCUGUUAAGAAAAACAAAGUGAUGAAAUUUGCAGGUCAAUGAAUGGAAGUGCAAACAAUCACCGUAAGUGACGGAACCCAAACAAAGGUCCCAGACCUUCUAUUGUGUGAAUGUACCACACUUUCCUUAUUCAUUCAUCAGUUGAUGGACAUCUAGGUCGUUUCCAUUUCCUGGCCAUUGUGAAUAGAGCAGCAGUGAUCAUGGAUAAGGAGGUGUCUCUGUAGUAGGACAGAGUCCGUUAGGGAUAUGCCCAAGACGAUAUGGCCGGAUCCUGUGGGAUACUUACUUUCAGCUUUUUGAAAAACCUCCACACUGGGACUGAAGAGAUGGCUCAGAGGUUAAGAGCACUGACGGCUCCUGCAGAGGACCUGGGUUCGAU